AUGCUAUCUGAGCGCAUCCUCCCGACCCGUAAAGCAGCAAAGCAGGCUUCCGCUGUAUUCGCAAACCAGCUCGAUUCGCCAGGCCACUCUGAUGACGAGCCCGAGCCCUCAGACUCAUUUGGGGGGCCUCCAUCGCGUAGGCAGCCUAAUGUAAAAUAUCGCUAUAACGCCAAGGGCAAAUUCCGUGCUUCACCGCUAAAACAGACAGACCACUCGUCACCAUCUCCCAAGCGUCAGUCCAAACCAAAACCCAAGCCUAAACCCAAGCCUGUAACACCCUCACACUCCCAGCCAUCCGCGCAUUCGAAGAAACGCAAGGCCCCGGCUUCUGAAUCUGGUUCGGAUAGGGAAGGCACAGUAAGCAGUCUCACAACCCUGUCGCCCUCACCAUUUUCGAGCGUUCCUACAAGUCCGCUUAUCUCAACCACGGAUCUUCCCCCACGUUCCAUAAUCAGUCAUUCCACCCCACCGCCUCAGAAGCUUAGUAGGGUUAGGGGUGGUUCCACGCGCUCUCUUGGCGUAUCCAGUUCCAGCUUCUCACAUCCCCGGAGCCAAACUUCCCCAAGGAAAAGGAAGGCAGGAAAGGCAAAAUCAUCUGACCGAGGUGAUGGACAUGGCUUCGGCAACGUCGAUACUCUAGUUUGGGUACUGGUGAAUGAAUUGGGAGUCAUUAUCACCUCGGUCCCGCAUGACGACGAUGAUAUCGAGCUUCUGGAAAACCGCAUGUGGUGGCCUGCCAGGGUCGUCCAAAAACAACCUCUCUGCGUGACCCUCUUUGGCGACCUGACAUUAUCUCGAGAACCUUCGACAAUUUCAUCUCCAUCCGAAUCCAACGUCCAGCCUAUUCAUGACCUGUCUGGCGAAAAGCGUUUUUCCCGAGCAACUUUUCAAGUCUCAUCUCUCACCACAACUGGAUCCUCAAACUCUUCUCCUAGCAAGAAAACAAAGACAGACAUGUGCGAGAGAUGGGAGGCAGCAGUGAAAGCUAUGGAGGAUGCAGAUGGACUCAAGCGUGAUGGCAUGCCUGAGAUGAUUUCCGCAUACACUGGGGGGACAUUUUCUUCAGAAGAAGACGAUAUAGAGGACCUACGUUCAACCAAGAAGGCUAAGGUUCUGCCUCGUACUGAGUUUGAGACUCUUAUGGACCGCGCUUGGUCUCCUCCGCCCCCGGACCCCAUGCUCCAAAUACCAGGCGAGCUCGUUCUGGCGCAGGCACUACGGACGAGAAGUAACAGAUACUGGCCCGCUCAGCUUAUAGCAUACGUUCCACCAACCAAGCCAGGCGGGAAGGAACGCUAUCGGGCCAAGUUUCUGGAUGAACAAGAGUACAACCUCACCCGGGAUAAAUUCUGGACCUCUGAGGAAGAAGGCUUCGUUAUGUGUGACUUGGGCGAGUUCGAAAGCGCCGUCCAAGACACCGAGGCUCCGGACUCGGAAGAUGAACCGGAAGUCAGGACGCGGAGCCCUAGUCCAAAGUUGACCGACCCGCCUCCUAGCGCAGAUGCUUUCGCUGAGUUGUCGAUCCAUGCGCAGCUGACAUACGUGAAGCCUGUACUGAACGCUAUCCUACAAGGGAAGUACACCCCGGCAGGCAAGAGCCAUGAUGCUUUCAUGCGGGGAGGUGCGGCUAGAUCCAGUUUAAUGAAGCGGGCGGCGGUGAGAGGAGGUCUAGACCCGAACGAGGUUAAGCAGUCGCAAAAACUGAUUGCACGGUGGGCACUUGGAGAAGAGUAUGCCCGUAGAACCAAUAUAGAAUUCAAACCUAAAGCGGCGGUGGUGCCACCCCCGGAGCAAGAUAGCAUAACUACUUUGGCCACCAAUGGCGAUGGGUUGGCAGACGCUGGCGUCGAAAGCGAAAUAGCUGCAAUUUCCGAUAGGGCAGAUUGCAACAUUUCUCAGCCUAUACCUCCCAGUGACGUUGGCAAUCAGGUCAACGACACUGAAGCAAUGGCAGUUAACAAAACUGAGACUGGAACAACAGACGAGACAUCUGCAUCCUCCGACACCAUGGUCCACCCUGACAUUCCUCAACCAAUACCUCCCAGUGACAAUAGCAAUCAGGUCGACGACCCCAAUGCAAUGUCACUUGACAAGUCGCCAGACAAUAUACCUGCAACUUCCGACAGUGCGAGUCACGACAUACUGUCUCAGCCCAUACCUCCCAGCGAUACUAGCAACAAGAUUGAUGACGAUACCACAACAGUUGGCAAGCCUAGCCAGGCUGACGAUUCCCCAGAGCCGAAGACGACUGACCUGGCUUCUGCGCCAAAGGAGAUCAUUGCAGAGCAGCCGGAUUCUAGCGGUCACUCUGACUUGCCGCAUACUGGGGAGAUUGACCAUGUGCCUGCACAGGACCAACAGCAGCCAGUUGGUUCGCAUGAAUAUGAAUCACUAUCAACCCUCGAUAAACUUGAUUACUGCGUGAACAUUCUUCUCCCUGAGGCAAUCCAGCAACUACUCCUGUGGCGGUCGGGUGAGCGCACUACAGCUGCUCUCCUCUCACACCCAGAGGAAGAAAGGCUGCAUGAGCGCGGUUCAGCAAAGGCGCAGGAGACAGACUGGGUAUUUGACCUGCUCCGCCUAAGGGAAGCGCAGGCGCGGUUGUGGAGCGUGGAUCUGAAAGCUAAAGACAAAGCGAAGAAUAAAGGAAGCGAGGCCAGGGGUGGGACGCGUUCGCGACCUCGCAAGACCACUGUACUGCGAUGAGGAACUUCUAAGGAGCAUCUUGCUUAAGCUCGUUUGGAACGUAUGGAUGUAGUUUCGACAUAGUAUUCUGUGUUAAUACGGGAGCUGUUUUUUUCGAUUCAAGGACUGUGACUUUUCUGCUUUUUUUCAGGUUGGCGUGCGUAUGAUCAUUGAUAAACUAGUAUAUCAGUCCAUUAUAUGAUACUUUAGGACUCCCUGGAAAGGUAGUGACCGAUGCACUUCAUAUAGUACA